AUGAUAAACAUGGCUGGGGAGGAGUCGUCUGUGCCGGUUGUGGCAGUUACUGCGGCGGUAGGGGCUGUUGUUUUGCUCCUUGUUUUCCUUUGUAGUGUCAGCAAAAAAACGCAAGAUGAUAAAGAAGAACCAGUUGUUGUCAAAAAGAAAUCAAAGGAAACUGCUGAUAAAACUAAUGCAAGCAAGAAACCCAAGUUGAGUUUGAAACAAAAAAAAUCUGGAAAUUCAUUAUUUACCCAUCCAUGGGUGGCUAGUGCUUUGAAGGCCCAUGGGGCAUCAAUUUUGGAUAUGGACUUCAGCCAGAAUGGAAAAUACCUAAUAACAGUAGCUGAGGACCGUUCAGCAAUGAUCUGGAGUGUGAAAGACUUCACACGGAAAGAACACAGGUUUAUCCGGGCCAACAUAGAAUAUGACCAUGCAACAAGAGUGAUGUUCAGUCCUGAUACCAAAGCUUUUAUUGUAGUCUUGGCAAAUGAGAAUAUCUUGAGGAUUUAUCGGAUUGGCAAGAAAGAUGAUGGAAGUCCUGGAAAUAUUACUGCAGCCUUUGAUUUUCCAAAGUUACAUUCUGCUGAUGUCAUUCACAUAGGCGUGGCCAGUAAUGGGCGAUUUAUCAUGAUUUGUUACUCAAACACCAUUAUUCAUGUCACCACAAUUAAAGGUGAAAUUUUAGCCACAUUAGACACUCACCAGGUAAAUAAUACCUUUGCUGCUGUCUCCUUCUGUGGUAGAUUUAUAGGCUCUGUUGGUUUCACUCCUGAUGUGAAAGUUUGGGAAGUUUGCUAUGAUAAAAAUCGUCUUUUCAAAGAAGUGAGUCGAGCAUUUGAACUUAAAGGGCAUAUGGCAGGAGUUCGGUGUUUCUCUUUCAAUUAUGAUUCAAGCAGAAUGGCUUCUGUAUCUAAAGAUGGAACUUGGAAAUUUUGGGAUACAGAUGUCCAGUACCAGCUGCAGCAAGAACCUUAUUUGUUAUUUACUGGAAAAUUCCAUUCGGAUCCCACAUACAUUGCUCUCUCCCCAGAUGGUCGUACAGUUGCUAUGAGUCAUUCUAACACUAUUGCCUUAUGGAAUACAGUAUCGAAAAAAUGUGAUCAAGUCAUGGAGAAUGUGCAUUAUGAUCCUGUAGUUGGGCUCAGUUUCAGCAGCUCUAGCAAAUACCUUGUCUCAUUGGGAGACAAGCAUGCAAUUAUUUUCCACAAUGUGACUGGUUACAAAGCAACCAUUGAGGAUUUAGAGAGCAGGAAACAAAAGGCUUCAUCUAAUACUGCAGCUGAAAGAAUACAGCUACAAAUAGACGAAACAAAAGCGGCUCUUGAUGAAAUAAACUUGUCCAAAGAAUGA